AUUAAAUGGACUAAAUUUUCUAAAUAUUCUUUAGUUUAAUUAAUGAGUUACUCUAAAAGGACGCACUAAUUAAAGAUGGAAAUAACGGUUUUUUGUGUGCACGAUUUCAGCGUUCCAGACUCCCUCCGGCAUGCCGUACGGCACCGUCAACCUGCUGCACGGCGUCAGUCCCACCGAAACACCCGUCACGUGCACCGCCGGCGUGGGAACCUUCAUCCUGGAGUUCGCCGCGCUGAGUCGACUAACGGGAGACGCCGCGUUUGAGAACGCGGCCCGCCAGGCCCUGAGAGCCCUGUGGAAGACCAGAUCCGACAUCGGACUGGUGGGUAACCACAUCGACAUCCUGUCUAAGAAGUGGGUGGCUCAGGACGCCGGCAUCGGAGCGGGGGUGGACUCGUACUUCGAGUAUCUGGUGAAAGGAGCCGUCAUGCUGCAGGACGAGGAGCUGCUCAACAUGUUCCUCGAGUACGACAGAGCCAUUCAGAACUACACCCGCUUUGACGACUGGUACCUGUGGGUCCAGAUGCACAAAGGAACCGUGUCCAUGCCCGUGUUCCAGUCUCUGGAGGCCUUCUGGCCCGGCCUGCAGUCUCUGCUGGGGGACCUGGACAGCGCAGUGAGGACUUUCCAGAACUAUUACUCAGUGUGGAGACAGUUCGGAGGUCUGCCCGAGUUUUACAGCAUCCCUCAGGGUUACACUGUGGACAAGAGAGAGGGCUACCCUCUGAGACCAGGUCAGUCCAAAGACCACACGGAGACCAGAGUCCAGCAGAUCAGGACGCAGAGACAGACAGAGACAGACAGAGACAGAAUGACAAUAUUCAGUUCAGGACUGUUGGUCAGAUGAUUCAUCACAUAAAGAAAUGAAACUUGUGCUCUGUUUGGGGGACAGAGACCCAUAUAGGUCUAAGA